AGUUUCAGGCCCAUAGUGGAAAUAAUAAAACCCUACAAAAUAAAAGCUGAAAAAUUCACCACUUCUCUUGGCAGAAGCUUCGACCGCGGCGGCACGAUGGGAAUUGAUUUGAUCGCAGGAGGUAAGAGCAAGAAGACCAAAAGGACAGCUCCCAAGUCCGACGAUGUCUACCUCAAGCUUACCGUCAAGCUUUACAGGUUUCUGGUGAGGAGGACACAGAGCAAGUUCAAUGCAGUGAUCUUGAAGAGGCUUUUCAUGAGCAAAGUCAACAAAGCUCCUCUUUCUCUUUCCAGGCUCGUCGAAUUCAUGACCGGCAAGGAAGACAAGAUUUCUGUCUUGGUUGGAACCAUAACUGAUGAUUUGAGGGUACACGAGAUCCCAGCCAUCAAGGUUACUGCCUUGAGGUUCACUGAGAGAGCCAGAGCUCGCAUCGAGAAAGCUGGUGGUGAAUGCUUGACCUUUGACCAGCUUGCUCUCAGAGCUCCUUUGGGACAGAACACUGUUCUUCUUAGAGGACCUAAGAACUCACGUGAGGCUGUUAAGCACUUUGGUCCUGCUCCUGGUGUGCCACACAGUCACUCCAAGCCAUAUGUUCGGUCCAAGGGAAGGAAGUUCGAGAAGGCCAGAGGAAAGAGGAAGAGCCGUGGAUUCAAGGUUUAAGGACCAUUGUCAUCAUCGUCUUUUUAACUUGCUUCUCGACCUUUGUUAUAGAAUCGUGGUUUUUUUGUGUUUGCCUGUUUCAGACAAUAUUUUAAGAUUGUUUCGACUUGAUUAACUUUGUUAUUAUUGCACGUUGUGCUGCACCACCAUGGAUACAACCAAAAAUGACCUUAGUGUUACUUGGUUUAUACGAUACACAAACAUUUUGAUUUGCAGA